AUGCAGUUUGCAGCACGGCUUCCAAAGGUGGGAUACAUCUGGAUUGAUAGCCUGUGCAUCAAGCAAGGCGAUGAAGCGGAUUGGUUGGAGCAGUCUGCCAGCAUGGACAGGGUGUACAACAAUGCCUUCUUGAAUCUCUCUGCUACUGCUGCAGAAAACAGUGAGCAGGGCCUCUUCUCCGAACGUGCACCUGAAAUCUUGGUUGAAGACGAAGUCAUGCUCAACAUUGCUGGUCUUCCUGGUUUCUGGAGCCCUUCGCAAAGCUUUUCGUCGCAUUCACAGGAGGCCGGGGGAGCCAUGCUACAGACUGAUCUGUCAGAUAUGGGUGCUACUAAAGAUGCCAAGGGAAAGGCUUUACGACGGUGCACAGUCUUGGACCUUUCUUUUUGGGAGAAGCGGGUGGAUGAAGCGCCUGUCAACAAGAGAGGAUGGGUGCUUCAGGAGCGUCUCAUGGCUCCUAGAGUGUUACAUUUCUGCCAAGGUCAGGUGGCCUGGGAGUGUUGUGGAUUCGAGGCUGCUGAAGGACAGCCAGAAGGUAUCCCAAACUAUCAACUUACACCCGAUGGUAUAAGAGCUGGAAGCAGGUUGAAGGGUCUCAAUGCCUCGACAGAUGGAGUCUGGUUACGCAAGAUGCGCUUGCGAGGAUCAAAGGAUCCAGAUCCUCACCUUCAACCGGGCAUAUAUGCUCUUGAACUUUGGCGCCGUAUCGUUGAGGUAUAUUCCAGGACUGCCGUCACGCAGCCUGGAGAUAAACUCAUCGCGCUGUCUGGAAUGGCUCGAUGGAUGUCCAAGGAAAUCGAAGAAUCUCCGAAAGCGGCGGUUGUACAGACCACCGGUUCUGCCGAAAUCAGUGACCAUGGGCUUCCAAAGACUACCCAGUACGUAGCUGGUCUAUGGGCGCUGCACCUUGCAAGUCAGCUCCUGUGGUAUGUCGAGCCAACCUUCCGCCAUGCUGAUAGUACUUUCGAACAUCUCACCAGCGCACCUGAACCCACGAUGUAUCGUGCACCUUCUUUCUCCUGGGCCGCCAUAGAUGCUGAGAAAGGGAAUGGCAUCAAGUAUGGCGAAGUGACUGACCGGGAUCUUCUCAUAAUGGUCGAAGAGGUAUCAGUAACCCCACGAUCGGGAUCUGACGAGUUUGGCAUGCUCGAUCGCGGUGCUUAUAUCGACCUCCAAGCAAAACUGCGCAAAGCAGUCCUCUUCAAGAAACCUCCGGAUCGCUUCGGUUGGCGCUUGAUCGAUCGCGUGAAUAUCGACAAAGAAGAGCAUACCGAUGUGUAUCUGGACUGUCCUACUAGAGAUGGUACUGAUAACGACAACGAAGGGAUCCUAGGCCAUAACGCGGGCAUAUUUGUUGUUCCUGCUGCGUUUACCGACCGAAGGACUUCGCGGGAAUCUAAAUAUCUUACUUGCUUGAUAAUACAGCUCGACGAAAAGCACGAAGCUGGGCCAGUUUUCAAACGAGUCGGCUUGACGAAGUUGAGUCCAUACGGAGACCACAAGGCUCUGUACGAUCGCGAGAUUCUGGAGCCAUACGACAGCGACAUAGGCAUGUUACCGGAAGGGGUGCCUUACGACCGAGCGACAGGUAUGCACCGCAUUCGUCUUAUCUGA